GUUUUUGCUUUCAAAUUUCGUUUUCCACAAAAAAAACACGAAUGAGGUACGAAAAAGUAUCAGUUCACGUCUGGUACUCUGGUUAAAUCAAACUUCCCAGAUUUUACUCGUCUAUUCACGUUUUAUAAUCUAAUAUUCAGUUGACGAUGUACAAUAAUGAUUUUUUAGGUAUCUACGCCUAUGGUAGAUAAAAAAAAUUGAAUUGAAAUUGAUUGAUACUUAUAACGUUAUUAGAGCGAGUAGUUGACAAAAUUAUAUUUAUACAGAUAUAAUUGUUGGUUUAUGUCAAUUCCCAUUCCCUUGUCACGUAACGUCACAUUUCGUCGAUCCCCUCCCAUUCCCUUGACGUGUGACGUAAUUUAUGGAUUGCCGUUAAAGUAUGAGAUAUUUUUGAUCACACCUCGUAUUAUAAACAUAUGUUUAUCAUAAGAAAAGGAUAGAAUGUGGAAGUUUCUUACGAAGGGCCAUUUUUAUUUACUUUAUACCAAUAAAAUUAAUCGAUAAAUAAUUAUUUAAAUAAAUAUUAUCUCGACUAUAUAAUUUUGUUUAUUUAAGAAAAUAACUCGGAUAAAUAAAAAUUUGUAGUGUAGGAUUGGAGACGAAUAAUUACAGAAAUAAUAUUUUUCUUUGUUCCGAAUGUAGUAACUGUAAUAAACUUGCAGCUGUGACGUUAUUUCCGUCGACGAUUAAACGAAAUUAGCAGGGCUACGUAAGGGCUCCUUCAUGCGGAACGUCAUUACGAGCUAAAACAGGUGGGGGUCUUCUUCAUUCAAAGUCUGGUGGAAUCAGGAAACGACGUUUCUUGUUAGUUGGAUGUAAACCGCGACACCGAGAGGUUAUGUUAAUAAUAAAACGCGCGCGUUUCGGUAUUGCUGACUAGAAUUUUUUAUUAACACACGUGAAUGGAUGGUUGUCGAUUGGAUACGUGUUGUGAAUUUUUUUUUUAAUUGGAAAUUUGAAAGUGACGUUGAUACUUUUGUUUGGGAGUGGAAAAUGAUGUGUUUAAACGACUCAAGAAACCAAAGUUUAUACGAUUCCGACCAGGACAGCGUCAGCAGCGGCGAGGAAUUACCAAUAUGGGUACGAGGGGAGCAGCGAUGGGUUUCCGGUAUAACUGAAGAAACCACGUGUCAAGACGUGAUCCAAGUAUUAUUGCACGACGAAGAAAGAAGGGGACGACCGAUAAGUCAAUUACAACAAUACCAAAUAACCGAAAGAUGGAGGGGCGUCGAACAACCUUUAGACGAUCAUUCGAAAAUAUUGGAUAUUUGGAAUGCUUGGGGCAGGGCGCAAUCGGAGGUGAAAAUAUCGCUGAGGAGAGUGAAAUCGGACGCGUUAAGGCCUCCGAGUAGACGAACGAGAUGCAGAUCGGAUUCCAGUACGUGGUCGGACAGAAGUGCCUUCAAAACUAUCCAUCCGAAAAGAUUGCAAGCCUUACAAAACGAAAAACAACCGUCCAGUACGGAAGAACUACUGAAAUUAGUUUUGGCGCAAGGAGAAGUCAUUAGGAGACAACUCAAAAAAUUGAGGCACAGCGAACACCAAAUAGGUUAUUUAGAGGACAAAACCCAUCGAGCCAGAGUCAGAAAACACGGAAGCAACUACUUAUUGGAAACGUAUCUCAAAGGUCUAUCGGAAGCCGUCGAUCCCGAACAAGACACUUUCAUUGCAGACAAAAAUAGUGAUAGUGGAGUUAUGACUGAAGGAGAUAGCGAACAGUCUAACAAUAAUAAACAAACUAGAACAGGAGAGAUGCUUUCUGAGAGAUUUUCUCCGUGUUCUGAAGAAUUGAACAAGGAUACGAAAGAUGACGAUUCCAGUUCGACGAUCAGUGAGUCGACGUUGAAAGAACAAGUGGGUUUAUUCGAAAAAAUCAAUAAACUGAAUAAACGCCUUUUGAAAGAAGAAGAAAACUUGGCGAGAUUAGAAGCUAACCUAAAAAAAUAUCAGAGGAACGAAAAACAGAAGCGAGAAGAGGACGUAAGCGAAACUUUAACGAAAUUACGCACUGAUAUGAUAAAGAGUUCUUGCGAGAUGCAACACAACGAAAUAGUUUUAGAAGAAACAUUAGAAAAAUUGGAAAGUCGAAGAAUAUUUUUGGAGAAUCUUCAUAGAGAGCUGGUUAAUGAGGAACAUGAGCACGAAAUGCUUCAAGCUCUGUUGUUUACCAAGAUACAACAGUUUGAAGUGGAAAAGAGGAAGAGCACCACCCCAUACGUCUACCAAACCAAAGAAUUGUUGGAUACCCUAGUAUAAUAAUAUUUUUUUAACGUUUUUCUAAAUUAAUACCAAAUAUUGUGUACCUAAAUAGCUUUGUUAACAAUAAUUUUAAGUUCUAUUGAAAUGGAAGUGUUGUUGAUUUUUGUAAUAUAUAUUUUUAAUAUUUUGAA